AACAAACAUAUGUACAUACAUAUGUACAAUUAUGGAACGGCUUCCAAUUGUACGUUGUAGGUUAUUAUUAUUAAUUUUUGUAUUUCUGUCUUUUGCUUUUGGUUUGAGAUUCGUGGUCGGUAAUAUUGCUUGUCACCUUUGAGUUGGGCACGAAACGACGCAACGAUUUCGAAAUCAAUAAGCCUAAGUUUCCUCCUAAAAAUAGACAUCCAUUAGAUUAGUAUACUUGGCGCUACCAAUUCACAUCCGCAUCAAGAGAACUUGUUCUUAAGCUCCGUUUAGUUCAGAUCGGACUAUAAAUGUGGCGACCCGACUGUAGAACAGUAUCAGUCAACGCACUUCAAUCUUUCAGAACGUUCGUCGUCUCAACAACCCAAAACAACUCAAUCAACAUGAAAUUCCUCAUCUGUUUGGCUCUGUUCGUCGCCGUGGCUCAGGCUCAUGUUGUGGCCCCCGUUACCACCUAUGCUGCUGCUCCAGCUCUGACCUAUGCUGCUCCCUCAGUCUACUCGGCAGCGAUUCCUCGUGCCUACACCGCAUAUGCUGCAGCUCCAUCCGUUUACUCCUCCUCUUACGUUGCGCCUUCGGUGUACUCCUCGUAUGCCGCUCCAAUUACCACCUACGCCGCUGCUCCCGCCGUUGUCUCCACGCUGCUGAAGAAAUAAAUCGAUCAAUCCGAAUCCACAUCCGAGUCCAAAAACAUGAUAUGCAAAUUGAAAUAUGUCAGAAUAAAUUGA